AUGGAUGAUGAUUUUAAUAUUGAUGAAGAUUAUAUAAAAAAAUUAUCUGAAAAAUAUAAAGAUGUUGAUCAUCCAUUAUUUAUGAGCGAACUUCCUAAAAAUAUUGAAGAGAAUGAAGAUUUAGAGGCAUUAUAUAAUUUGAUGAUUAGUGAUGAAAAUCCUUUGAGUUUAGCUAAAAAUUAUAAAGAAGUAGGAAAUGAUUAUUUUAGAGAUGGUGUGAAAUAUUAUGAAGAUGCUAUUAUUAGUUAUAAUAAAGGUAUAGGUAUUUUACAUAAUUAUAUUAAUUCAAUUAAUAGUAAUAACUUAAAAAAAAAUAAUCAUAAUCAUAUAAUUAAUAGAAAUUAUAAAAACCAUGACCAAAUAAAAUUAAUAGAAAAAAGCAACUCCGGCAUCUACAGCACCUUAAAUAAAGACAAUAACCCCUUAAAUGAAUAUGAUUUAAAAGAAAAGGAUUGCAAAAGUAAUUUUAUCAUGGGUAACACAGAAAAUAAUACAAAUAAAAAUGAAGCUAUAAAUUUAUUAUCAGAUAUGUAUUGCAAUAAAUCAGUAAUUCAUUAUAAAAAAAAAAGGUAUGUAAAAUGUUUAGACGAUUGUAAAAAGGCUCUCUCACUUAAUAAUAAAAAAUAUAAAUGCUUAUAUUUUUGCAUUUUAUGUUCAUACCAUUUGGAAUUGUAUGCUGAUGCAAGUAAUUACAUUAAAAUGUUUGACGAUUUAAUAAAAGAUGAAGAAAUAAGAAGAUUAAUAAAUAUAAAUGAUUAUGAAAAAUUGAAAAAAGAAAUAUUAGCAAAAUAUGAGAAAUUUUUAAAUAGAAAGAAAAUAAAAGAUGAAGAAAGAAAAAUUAUUAUAGAGAAAGAAAAAAAUAUAAUGAAUGACAUUAAUAAUAUAUUACGAAAAAGGCAUGUUACCAUAUUAGAAAACAUUUAUAAUAAUAAUAAUAUUACACCUGUUUUAUAUUUAGACAAAAAUAUGUAUAUACAUUUUACAGUAUUUUUAAUUUAUUUUGAAACCAACUUUAUUGACACUAUUCUAGAUUUCGCUGAAAAUACAUGUAUAAUAGAUUAUUCCGAUAUUAUAAAAAAAAAUAAGAAAAAUGAACUUCUUUUUUGUUAUAUAGAAUUUCCUGAUGAUAAAUUUUACUUUAUUAAUAACUCUUCCUACAUGUGUGAUAUAAUAAAUAAAAUAAAAUUAUUUACACCUAUUAUCUCUAUACAUAUUAUUGAAAAUUAUGAUGCCAAUAAAAAUUUCCAAUGUAAUAAAAAUAUUUUCUUUAUUGACUCAUAA